CUGCCCUGCUCAUCGCCUCCUCUGGGGAAGGUGAGCAGCUGCAGCAGCUCGUGUUGUUGUGAUUAAAGGAGUUACACAUCAGACUUUGAACUCGGCAACGUCGGAGGUCGACUAAAUAAGAAAGCACCCGCCAGUUGAAGCGAGUGGGUAUCCAGGAAUUCGGAUGAUGGAGAGUGGGGACGACAGUGACCUCCGGUCUCGCUGCCGAGCCAUUCAUAAGUUGCCCACAGUCCCUGAUUUAGAUAGCUCUUUGGAUGGGGAAUGUAACCAGGGAGAACACCAGCAAGGCAGUGGAGACAACCACAUUACCAGCAAUGGAAAAAUUGAAGUGGAACAUGUGAUCAGCAAAAAGCUACAACUGAAAAGGAAAGCAGAGCACUUGAAGAGUGACCUGAUGCAUCAGUUUGACAGUCAGGUUAGUGACUUCAUGGACAGUCUUAUUGAGGAGUCGGCCAGCCUGGAGCCUGCACCUGUACCUGCUGUCUUCUCACCUCCGCUUACAGACAAGGAGAGGAGCAAACUCAGGCUUUUUCUGCCUCCUCAUGGCCUGGGCAAGCAGUUCGUCAGUCGCAGGUCCCUCCUAGAUGAGCUGUUUGAGGUGAACCACAUCAGGACUAUCUACCACAUGUUUAUUGCCCUGCUCAUUCUCUUUAUCCUCAGUACACUGGUGGUAGAUUUCAUUGAUGAAGGCAGACUGGUGCUGGACUUUGACCUGCUGGUCUAUGCAUUUGGACAGUUCCCUUUGGUGGUGUGCACGUGGAUCUGCAUGUUCCUGUCUGCGUUGCUGGUUCCCUACACCCUGUUCCACCUGUGGUCACAGACUCAGCCUGGGUCUUAUAGUCACCCCAGGUUGUACAGUUUGCUGUUUGGCUCUGUAUUCCUGCUCUACCAAGCUCUGGGUCUGGGAUUCCUGCCUACGUAUGUGGUGGUGACCAACAGUUUACCACCUGCAUCCUGCUUCAUCAUCAUCCUGGAACAGGUGCGUCUAAUGAUGAAAGCCCACUCCUUUGUCAGGGAGAAUGUACCAAGAGUCCUGAACUGGGCUAAAGACAAGACCAGCCCCAGCCCAGUGGUCCCUCAGGUUUCUCAGUAUCUCUACUUCCUGUUUGCGCCCACACUCAUUUACAGAGACAAGUACCCCAGAAACCCAGUCAUCAGAUGGGGCUACGUUGCCACAAAGUUACUUCAGGUACUGGGCAGUCUGUUUUAUGCCUAUUACGUGUUUGUGCGGCUGUGCAUCCCUCAGUUUCGCAGCAUUAGUCUGCAGCUGUUUGACCUGAGAGCCAUGGUGCUCUGUGUCUUUAACUCCAUCUUGCCAGGAGUGUUGGUUCUCUUUCUGGCAUUCUUUGCCUUCCUGCACUGUUGGCUUAAUGCUUUUGCCGAGAUGCUCCGCUUUGCUGACAGGAUGUUUUACAAGGAUUGGUGGAAUUCAACCUCUUUUGCCAAUUACUAUCGCACUUGGAAUGUGGUGGUCCAUGACUGGCUGUACUACUAUGUGUACAGGGAUUUGCUGUGGAUAUCUCAGAAGCGUUUCAGACCAGCAGCCAUGCUGUUUGUGUUCACAGUGUCUGCAGUGGUCCACGAGUACAUUCUUGCAAUCUGCUUUGGCUUCUUUUAUCCUGUGCUCUUCUGCCUCUUUAUGUGCUUUGGAAUGAUGUUCAACUUCAUUCUGCAUGACCAAAGGAAAGGUCCCAUCUGGAACAUAAUUAUGUGGACAUCCCUCUUCCUGGGUCAGGGAGUCAUUAUCUGUUUGUACUCCCAGGAGUGGUAUGCCCAGCGCUACUGCCCCCUGAAAGAGUCGUCGUUUCUUGAGCUACUGAAGCCUCGCUCCUGGAACUGUCAGAAGCCUGAUGGCCAACUCUGAUGAUAGGCUGUGAUUGACGUUUGGACUACUGCAGAGGACCAUCACUGAUCAGUAUAAAUUUGACCAGCCUUUGUCUUACUUUCAUAACUUCUGGUCUUUCAUGUUUGUUUUGUUUUAUUUGAUUGCACUAAGGCCGUGACUGAGUGUGUAUGAAUGUGUGGAAGAGAUUCAAUAAAUAUGUGCCAAAAUGUUAUUUACUCAAACAGCAAAGUCAAAGUGAUGCCUUACUUACGUGUUUUUUAUGUUUUUAAAAACAAACCCAACAAAAUUACAGAUUCACAUAAAACCACAUGUGAACGCUUUUAUUAUUAUGUACUAUUUAUGCAUUGCCAUCACUUUUGCCUUGAUCAGCUGUGAAACCACUCCUUGUGCUAAUAUUUUAGUGGCAAUGAUAUGGCAGCUUAAUACAAACAUAAUUCACAUAUGCAGUAAUAGUUAAUAUUUAACAAAGUUUGCAAUUAUGACUGUAUUAUAAAUAACAUUCAGUAUGUUAUUUAGAACGACAUAAAAUGUUAUUUAUUUUCACUGCCAAUAAGGUUAUUUUGAAAAAGGGCCACUGUUUGGUGUUUUGUAUAAAUCUAUGAGGAACAGUCGCCCCUGUAUUAUAACUUCAGUAUUUGCAGUCAAAGCUGAUAUAGUUGGGGAAUUAUUUUAUAGGACACUGUAAUGUACAACUUUUACAGACUUGACACUUUACACUUGAACUCUAAUCUGUUUUCCUAAUGCCAAAUAUAAUACUUUAACUAUAACCUUUCUAUUCAUCUCCAGCAGUCAAACCACAUGGAUGUUGGGCACUCAUUAAAAAUCAUGACACUGAACUCCAUAAAACUAAAUGAAGAUUAUUAAUUACUGAAAGAAAUAGAGAUAACAAGUAUGCUGUACGGAGUUAAUAUAUUUUGUAACUGCUGAAUGUGUUCUUCAUGGUUUUAAUAUUUUCAGUUGAACUGCUUUGAACAUACAUUGUAGGAGAAAGUUUCUUGUGAACCUAAAUGAUGAACUAAAUGUUUUAUUUUGUUGAUGACCAAUGUUGAGCAUUAUGUGAAGGUGAAGUCAUGACAGAAUAACUACAACUGUAACUGUUGCAGCUGGCUGCUAGAUAGAUAUGUUAUAACAUUGUAAGGAUGACACUUGAUUAGCAAUAUGGUUAGAGUACAUUACAUAAGACAGUGUUUUGUUGUUGAAAUCAUACAAGUAUAGAUUUUACAAAACACUAAUUUCUAUGCCAAACUAAUGGAAAGAGGAAUUUAUGUCCUCAGUGUGCUUUUAGUUCUUUUGGUUUUGACAUAACAUCUUUACACAUUUGUAUUUUUUAAGGAAAUCACAAGGUGAAUGUUGCCAAUUCUGACAUAUUUCAAUGCAGAGAGACUGUAUUUACACUUGUGAAUAAUGAGAUGCACAAUACAAAGUAAAAACCAGCAGCAGUGGAAAACAGCACGUCCAAAAACGUAUGACCACAAGAUGGCGCUGUAUUAAAAGCUUUUACUUUGGAUCAUUCCUCUGCUCAGUUUGGCUGUGAAUUUGAGAGCCUUUUGCCAAUUUUGUAUUAACAAACACAACUACCAGCAACUUGCACAUAUAAUAUCAGAAAUAUUUGAAUGCCCUGUACUACUAAGUAAAUCCACGACUAUUUAUAAUAGUGAAAAGAACCAAGCUGUACAACUGCUGUUUAUUUAGAUGAGAUAUUUAUUUUUGGGAGCAGAGCUUUGCUUUCUUACUUAGUCAUGUUUGUGUCGAUUGUGAUCUUUUUUUCUGGCCUUGAAUAGCGCAUUGUGUCAGGUGAUAAUUUUAUGAAUCAGCAUGUUGUUCUAUUUUCGGAUUUAGACAAAGGUCUGAAGACACAUCGAAGUGAAAUAACUAUUAAGAAUAAAAAUUGAAGUAUGCCAA